AUGAUCAUCAAGACCAGUGGUAAAUACCGAUCAUGGAAGGGCUCCUGGGCGGAUGACUUGGUGAAAGACCCGACCAUCUUUGGGCACUUCCUUGGCUUCUUCGAGUGGGUCAACGGUCCCAUGGGCAAUCUUCCACGGUUUCUAGCAAAAAACAGUUUCAAAACUCCGACCGACUCGAAGGCAGGCAGCUUCCAAGACUUUUACGGCUCCGGGGUCGAAUCUUAUCAGCCCCCACUUGGUGAUGCUGCCGUGUUUGAGAAGCUCAAGUCUAUGCUUGCCGAAGAUGAGAAACUAUGUGAGCUUUUCGUCAACGACCAAAAUGUCACUUCCCGUCUAGGCGACUUGGCCAAUGCAAAGCAAGCCCCGUUGCUUCCGCAGUGGGCCCAGCAUAUGGGCGACUUCAUGGAAUCUCACUCUCGGUACAACCACAGGUUGUGGACCGAGCUGUUCCCCACUGAAACAAUUGCCAAGGAUCCAAAAAAAGAUCGAGUUCUCGUUGUCGAUAUCGGCGGCGGCAAAGGCCACGAUGCCCUCAAGUUUGCGGAGUUGCAUCCCGAAAUCCCUGAUGGGAGCCUGGUUGUGCAGGAUCUACCGCAUGUUAUCAAAGAAGCAAAGGCACUUGAAGGUCAGAAGAAGGUUCUGCCCUGCGAGUACAACUACCUGGACCCUCAGCCCAUCAAAGGCGCUCGGGCGUACUACAUCCAUGUUGUCAUCCACAAUGCUGACGACAAUCGAGCCAUUGCUGUUCUGAAAAACGUUGUUGAGGCAAUGGAGAAGGGCUACUCGCAGUUGUUGAUACACGAGAGUGUGAUCGACCUUGAACAUCCGCACGCAAACGCCACGUCUCAAGACUUGAUUAUGAUGGGCCAGUUCUCAGCCCAAGAGAGGACGCAUGAUCGGUGGACAUAUGUAAUGGAGAAAGCAGGCUUGAGAAUUCGCGAUAUAAAGAAGAAGGCGGGUUUUCCAGACGCGGUAAUAGUAGCUGAGAAGGCCUAA